CCACCUUCUGCGCAUGUCUGACCGGAAUAUAGUGAGGCCUGUCCCGAAUCUAACGCUGAUACCGGAGCAGUUUUCCUAGUUCCAGUAGUCCAUCGUAUUGUAUGAUGGAAGGCAAUAUUCAGACCAAUCAUGGUGCAAACCAGAUUCGUGGUUAUAUGUCAAGCAAAAGUGGGACACCGCACAAGAGAACUAUGUCUAAGGAGUCAAACUCAGAUGAUGAAGAGAGUUCUGCAGAACUUGAACUUAAGGAUGCUGUUGUUGAGACAUGUAGCCAAGGAGGAUGUGAAAUAGAUGGAAAUAAGAACGUGUAUUGUAGUGACGAUGAUGAUGAAAAUAUAGAGUCUGGCAACCAAUACUGGGCAACAAAAAAAUCGUACUGCUGUGUAGUAUGCAAUAAAUGCUUUAAAUCUAAUUCAGAGCUUCUUAGACAUGAGUUGAUACAUACAGGGGAAAAUUUGUUGGAAUGUUUUGACUGUGGGAAAUGUUUUUCAAGUGAAGAUGAUCUAGUUAAACACCAGAAGUGUCAUGCUGGUGAUAAGCCAUAUAUGUGUUAUGAAUGUGGAGAAUUUUUUAGUCAAAAAGGAAAUCUUAUACGACAUCAGAAAAGCCACACAGGAGAGAAACCAUAUUCAUGCUCUGAUUGUGGUAAAUGUUUUGGUCGGGAAGAAAUUCUUGUGAGGCAUCAGAAAAUUCAUACAGGAGAAAAUUAUUUUAUUUGUUCGGACUGCGGGAAAGGUUUCAUUAGUAACUUCCAUCUUGUUCGGCAUCAGAAAUGUCACACCGGGGAAAAACCUUUUGAAUGUUACGAGUGUGGGAAAUUUUUCGGAAGAGAAGAAACACUUGCUGCACAUCAGAAAAUUCACACAGGGGAAAAAAGGUUUAUGUGUACAGAAUGUGAAAAAUGUUUUGUUACUAAAUCAGAUCUUAUUAGACAUCAGACUGCUCACACGGGCGAAAAACCUUUUGAAUGUUCGGAAUGUGGGAAAUCUUUUACUCAAAAGGCUAAUCUCGUUAAACAUAAGCGGAGUCACACUGGGGAAACCCCGUAUGUUUGUCCUGACUGUGGUAAACGUUUUGUCAGUAAAAGGAAUUUGGUUUCACAUCAGGUUGUUCAUACUGGAGAUAAACCGUACGAGUGCUUGGAAUGUGGAAAACGAUUUAACCAGAGAUCAAACCUUUAUGCGCAUCAGAGGGUUCACACAGGCAAGAAACCGUACGCAUGUUCAGAAUGUGGAAAAUGUUUUAGUCGUAGCUCCACGCUCAUUAAACAUCAGAUAGUUCAUACAAAAGAUAAACCAUACUCAUGUCCUGUAUGUAAAAAGAGUUUCAAAAGUAGCUCAUAUGUUGCUAUACAUCAAAAGAUUCACACGGAUACUGACCAAUUGCAAACAGUGAAUGUAAAAUAAUCAUUUACCGUUUAUUAAUUUGUAUCAAUUCACACAAAGUAAAUAUAUCU